UUCUUAUGGGCCUAGUCCCUGAAGGUCCAACUAAGCCCAUUCCAGCCCAAUUAAAUAUUGAAGAAUAUAAGGCCCAUUUAGGCCCAAUUAAAACCACCGACAACUCCUCCUCAGUUUCCUCAACGGCCUGAAAAAGCGGGAACUGUUUUCACCCCUCCAAAAAAAAAUUCGUUCUCUCUACCCCAAACUGUUUGGUGAUUCCUGCAUUUUCCUAUCUAAUUUUGCUUCUCCCAUUCUCGAACCUCAAAUCAAGAUUUAGAAGAAAAAAAAAUGUCGACAACUGAUCAGAAGGAGGACCCUGCACCUACAGCAAUCAUUAGCGAUCUCCAGGUUUCUCUCUUACAUAUGCAGGACAAAGAGGAAGAGAAGGAGCUCUAUCUUGGAUCCUACGAGUCUGAGCCACCCUUGCCGUUGACCAUUACUUCCCGGGUGUUGUAUAUGUUGGGAGAUAUAACGGCAGGUUCGGCGUAUCGGUUCACGAAAUGGUUGGAGUUGGUUCGUAAACGCAGCGGCAAAUAUAGGUCCUCUGGCUUCCCCCAUCGCCCCCACGGGGCCGUCACUAUGUCAUUCAGUUCAGGAGAAUUAUUGGUUGAUCACGAAAGUCCUCCACCUCCUGAGCAAACUCCAGAGAUCAGUUUGUGGGAAAGACUUGGUAAAGCAGCUAUGUUGGACAUCGAGUCAGUCUCUUUUUCAUGGGACUCGCUUUCUUCACUUCAUCAUACUGAGCAUAGUAGCAGCGCCGAACAUUCCGAGGAUGAAAUGAAUAAAGCCCUUGAGGUUACUGUCAAUUCUGGGGGAGUUGUUUUCUUUGCUUUAUUCAACCAGACUGGACUUGAUGAGUCCUUACCAAAGGAAGCUGCAGCUGUUAUAAAGUUUUCAUCUUCCAGGAUGGCAACACAAUUAGAACGAUUUGGGUACGAAUUUGCAAAGUGGCUGGGAGUCCAAACUCCACAGGCCAGAGUCAUCCAUAAUUGUAGCCCAGAGUGGCUCCAGAUCAAGGAAGCUGUAGAGAAAGCAAGAACUCUAGCAGCUUCAGAAGGAGAUGAAGCCGGUGAAAUGACAUGUUCAGAACUUCUGGAAGCUCUUGAACUUAGCCGUUGUCUCUUUUUCAUGAGUUACGUUCAUGGAUCUCCUUUAUUGGAAAGCUCAAAUGCCUUUGAGUCACGUGAAAUUGCAGAAAAAACAGCAGCAGCUCUUGGUAGGGUAUUGGUGUUGGACCUUGUCAUCAGAAAUGAAGACAGGCUCCCUUGUCGUGAGCUUGGAUGGCGUGGAAAUCCCUCAAACUUAUUAUUGGCUGACAAAAUGGCCUCCACUAGUAUCAGUGCACUGGAGGAUGCUUUUGAUUCUGCAAUUAAGCGGUACAGACCAAGGGUGUUUAAAGCUCUUCGAAAAGAAAGAAGAGCAACUUCAGUAGAUUGCAGACUCAACCCUCAUAGUCCAGGAUUGGCAUCACCAAACUCUGAACUGUCUGAUAUUACAGAUUCUCCGAAAUCAGUUGAGAUGAGCCUAAGAAGUCAGACACCAGAUGAAUCAUGCUAUGGUUGUCACAUCGUGGCGAUUGACUCCGGUGUUCCCCGUCGACCCCCUGCCGGAAAACGUGCAAAUGACCAGGUCAUUUAUCCUAGGUUGGUUGAGUUGUUUCUCAACAGUUCUGAGUACUCCUCAAAUUUGCUGUAUGAUAUUACAGGAGGGAAAUUAGGAUCUCCUCCACUGGAGGAUAAUGGCAUAACUGAUAAGCUGGCAGAAGAAAUGACUUCAGUUAUUCAGGAAUUUCGUAGUGGGUUUCGUGCUGCUCUUAGGGAUCUGCAGGGUUUCCAUAUAUUCUUACUCACACUUCACCAGAAAUUGGAUGGCUUAUUACGAGUAUGUUUGAAUUUUAUAGAUAGAACUUCAGGGGAUUUUGACAAGGACGAUUUCAUGGCUCUUGAUUCACCUUCACGUGGUACCGGAGUUACUCAUUUUCCCUUUCCAAGUAAAGAACAGUCCACUAAUGAUAACCAUCCAGAUUAUUGUGAUACAGGCUCACAGAGAACAGCUACUAAGUUUGUUUCUUCUGGAAAUAAAGAUAGCUCAGACUCUAGUUCUCCCAUGUCACGAGAAGGCUGGCAUGGGAAGUCCUGCAAAGGAAGCAGUGAGACCCUACGCAAUCUACGUUUGACGUCAAAACUACGCGAUUUUCAUAAAGUUGCCAAGGUUGAUGCUGAAUCUAAUAAAGAAUUGGAGCAAUGGAAUGACAUGCUGAGAAAUGAUGCUUUGAAAUUGUGUCAGGAGAACAAUUUUAACACAGGUUUUUUCGAGGGCAGUGAUAAUAAUAGUAUCGUUGAUGCUUACGAAUUGAAGCUAAGGCUAGAGCAUAUUCUACAGAGGAUAGCACUGAUUUCUGAUGCUGCCAACACAGAGAAGCCAUGUUGCAUCACAAGUAGCCUCUUUAUUGGUGGGAAUCUGGCUGCAAGAUCUGUUUGCACAUUGCAACAUUUAGGAAUCACCCAUAUAUUAUGUUUAUGCUCCAAUGAAAUCGGACAGUCAGAUUCUCAGUUCCCUGACCUUUUUGAGUACAAAAAUUUUUCAAUAUGCGACAGUGAAGACGUAAACAUCAGCAGUAUCUUUGAAGAAGCUUCUGAUUUUAUUGACCAUGUCGAACAGAUAGGUGGUAGAGUUCUGGUUCACUGCUUUGAGGGGAGGAGUAGAAGUGCAACCGUAGUGCUUGCUUACUUAAUGCUAAGGAAGGACUUCACUCUAUUAGAAGCAUGGAAAACACUGAAAAGCUUACACCGGAGAGCACAGCCCAAUGAUGGAUUUGCACGGAUCCUGUUGGAUCUUGACAAAAAACUACACGGGAAAUUGUCCAUGGAGUGGCAACAGCGGAAGCCGGUGAUGAAGGUCUGUUCCAUCUGUGGGAAGAAUGCUGGUUUGAGCAGCAGUUCUCUCAAGCUUCAUUUGCAAAAAGCACACAAAAAGCUAUCAUCAGGAAGUGUGGAUAGUGCUAUGACCAUGGAGAUACAAAAGGCUUUGGAUGCUCUAAAAAUUAGCAGAGGGGGGAGUGUUAGCCCCAAGGAGCGUCAUAGCAGCAGUCUUCUUUAGCCCUGGAGUAAAAUUGAAUGCUACGAUUUUAGUGUAAAGUAGUGAAGGUUUUGUUAAGAAUAGGGUUUAGGGUUUUAACAUUUGCACAAAUACAAGGAAACAAAAAAUUUAU